GUGAGUACAUAAAGAGAGAGAGGCCCUAUCGCGUGAAGAGGGGCAUCAAAGUCAAAGGAGGAAAGAAGCCAGUUUAAAUAUUCGUUGGACAUCAUCCUAAUUUCCCUUACACGCAGGAGAAUUUUGCAAAAUGGAACAAACCCAGCAACAAUUCAAGGACUCCAGACGCAGAGGAUUGAUAUUGAUAUUGUAGAUGGAUCAUCUACAGCCAGCAGCCAGCUUAUAAAGCUCCCAACCAACAAAACGAUUAGACAGAUACUGAAGACCAAGUCCAAGUUUUGGAAGGACAACAGCAAAUCAAGAGGAUCUUUAUCCAACGCUUAUUCGUGCGACCGCCACUCUACGUCUAACCUCCAUCAAGAUCAAACGUUCAAACUUACCAAAGCAAAUUAACAAACCAUCAGCGGUGAAACUUAUUGAUCAACUCGCAACCAUUGUUCUUUGUACUAAUUAGAUAUAAGCUUCAAUUAUGAGGUCCCUAUGGCGGCAAACAAUCUAAAAUAUAUAACAACAAUAUAACAACAAAUUAGCCACGCUGCGGCACACUCAUUACCAGACUGUUUCAUAUAAAAGAACCAGUCGUUUUCAAUAGGGCUACGAGACUUUUUGGGGUGAGCCAUUACACUUGAACCAACGCUGAACGAUGAAGUCUACAACGGUGCUGUUCGCAUUCGGCAUGCUUAUCCUUGCCACGAUGAGUGUGCACGCUAACGAAGAGACAUGUGAAGGCGAAAACGAACAAUACGAAAAAUGUAUCCCCAAGGACCCGAUGACCUGCGCUAAUCAAGUCGAGAUAAUGCUUGGAUGUAAACCAGGGUGCACCUGCAAACCAUUAUACAUUCGAGAUAGCUGGCCAGGCGGAAAAUGCAUUCCGCUGGAGGACUGUCCGAAGUAGGUUGGUUCACGUAAAAUGCACAAUAUGUAAUUAACCAUCUUUCAAAUAAAUCUAUCUGUGCACUGUUUGGCCCCCACCCAGCGAUUUUGCUUUGGGUUAAAGCCAGCUACACCUGCACGCUUCGAUCGCAUCCAUCGUAAAAUUCAA